AGAAAAGGGUUAUAUUAUUUAAAAAAUUAAACGUCUUUGUUUCCAAAAACGCCAGUGGUAGCCCUAGGAUGGUGCGAGCGGGCAAGAAAAUACGGAGCAUUUCGAACAGAUACGGCCCUAGCCCGCUCAAAGAUGGACGCGUCCCCGCCGCAGCGGAAGCGAAGCGCGCGUGUUUCGGAUAUUUUUGUCAAACCAUCGCCAUAUUGUUUUUAUUGUCUCCAAUAAUCAUAAUUAGAAUUUACAAACAACCAUUUGUUAUAUAAACACGAUAUAACAAUUAAAAGUACGUGCACCGAUUACGUAGUCAUGGCGUAGUUUUUUUUUUAAAGACUUGUGAUUGUGACACUGCCACGAAUUUCAGUAUUGUUAUUUGUUAUUUGAAAUUAUCUGAAAUCGAUCUAGCGUGUAGUGAACAGGUUUCGUGUUGUGAUGUGCUAAAAAUAAGGUGUUAAAAACCGUGAACUGUGUUUAAAAUUAGUGCAUAUAUAAUAUAUGUAUAUAAGCUCAUGUGGGAAUUUAAAGCUACUUAUUGUGUUGUGGCUAAUUAACGUAUACUUUCUCCGAUUUGUGAUGUGUUAGUGCUUACGUGUUCUUUGUCUGGAUUUGCAAAUAUGGAUAAACCCUCGUUUAAGCUGGUCGGGGCUCCAUGUGGCCAGCACGGACAGUACACGUUCUACAAGGCGCUCCGCAUCACGGGUCAGAAGGAACGCAUCAUCGCCAUAGGGGACUUUUUCUUCGUCCGGAUCUGGCAGGACUCCGAGCUGGUCUCUAUAGAUAAAAAAUACCCCGAAUGGCUGCCUCCACUACAUGACCAACUAAUCAUAGGCGAGCUGCAGCUGCUCUGGACGGACCGCGUCUCCGACCAGACCCUGGUCAGCCUGAGGCUGUACUUCCUCCCGGAGAACACUCCUGACGGGCGCCAUCAGCAUGGACAGGACGAGGUGCUAGCCAUAAACGACAAGGUGGUCCUGAAGGCCGAGGACCUGCUAUCCUGGGUGUGCAGCGGCGACGACUGGCGCUGGGGGCUGCGCGCGGUGUGGCGCGGGGACUGCGCGCCGCCGGCGCACCCGCGCCGCUCGCAGCCCCUCCACCACACCCGGCUGGACUUUAGCGAUGUCGAGAAGGAGAAAAACGCCAUAAACGACGACGCCGACAGCCCCGGCGUGGUGGUAUUCUCUUACCCUCGCUACUGCCGCUACCGAGCGCUCCUGUCCCGGCUGGAAGGCAUCCAAGGGGACUGGCUGCGGGACAGUCUGGUCUGCGCGCUAGGCGGCUAUGCAGCUCCUACCAAGAACACCAGGAUACUAUACUGCAAGGAUACAUUCGAGUACCCGGAGCUGGAGGGUCACGAGUUCGUCUGCAACCAGCUCGCGCCGAAGCUGAAGGGGCGGCCGCGGGGCCGGCGUCGGAAACGAGCCUCCAACCACUCGCCGUCUCUCUCCGACAGAUCCAGCGACAGCGACUCGCAGAAACGCGUCGAGCAACGUGUUGAGCUCCCUCGCCGCCUGUCGCUCCGCAACGGCGCGCCGAAAUACAGCGACGACGAUGACAAGGAGACCAGCGCGGAGGACAGAACCUUCAUCAACCAGCUCAAGCACUUCUAUAAGCAGAGGGGGGAGGCCUUCAAGCCUGCACACUCGCUUAAAGACAUGUCGCUAAGGGCGCUGUACACCUCUGUGACGAACGCGGGGGGCUACGAAUCUGCCUGCAGGCACAAGCUGUGGCGACAGAUACACCCGCCGCAGCCCAACACGGCGCGGCGGCAUUACGAGAGGUUCCUGCUACCCCUAGAAAAGCACGAAGUCUCCAGCGGAGUCCGAACGCUACCCAGACUGAACGGCGCCGUGGAGCCGCCCACCGUCACCAUCGAGCUGCCCGACAGCCCCGCGCCCGCCGAGCCCAAGGACUUCAGCGUCACGUCCAAACCCGCUGAGGAGCUCAACAGAGAAUUCUUGGACUCCCUACCGCCGAAGGAGGAAAAUAAAAUGAAGAUAAGCGUGAAACCGGUGGAGAAGCUUCUAGAAGAGCCCAAGAAGGAAAAACAGGAACCACAAGACUCGUUCUACUCCGAACUCAAGGCUAAACUAAAUCUAGGCAACGCGGAUACAAAGUUCCUGACCGAAAUCGCGACGGCGCAACAAGAGUUGGUUUCCAGCAGCGCCCUCAGUUCCCUCUCAAGUCUCGUGAACGGCCACACAUUGCCCAAGGAUCAGAGCCGGCCGCCGGGCGCGACGCCGCCGGCCGGAGCCGCGCCCGCGCGCAGCUCCCUCCGCGCCGUGCGCGUCAAGCCGGCGCGGGCCCAGCACGGCGCGCCCGCCAGCACGCCGCCCGGGUCCCUGAGGCCAGACUCGGCCUCGUCCUCCCCGCCGGCCUCGUCGGCCCCCGGCCCCGGCCCCGUCACCAACUUCGGCAUCCACCACCCACCGCCUCCGCCCACGCAUAGUGACGAUGAGAUUGUGGAGGUCCCUUACAAACCUAAAACGCCAGAGAUCAUAGACUUGGACGAAUACCCCGAAAGCCCUCAAGCCGUCAAGAAGAAAAAGCUAGACAUCCUCAAAGAGCGAGGGCUCGAGGUCACCGCCAUCCCCAGCGCCCCCGGCCCCGCCCCCGCCCCCGGCCCCGCCCCCGGCCCCGCCCCCUGGCCCGCCGCGCCCCUCGGCCCCGUGGCUCCCCUCGCGCCGCUCGCCCCCCUCGUUCUGUCUCCAGCCGUCCAGCACCAAAUAAUGACGCAGGCCCAGAUCUUCCAGAUGUACAACAUCAUCCCUCCCAACUACCCCAACGGCGUACCCCCCAAAGUCAUCCAAGCCACCAGCGCGUUCGGCUCCUCGGGCCCUGAGAAAACCGUCUACGGAAACCCUAAAGACCCUUUCAUGCCGCCCCCGCAUGUGUUACUCGGAACUCCUCUAAAACCGCAGAGAAACAGCACAGUCGCAGUACCCUCCACUCCUCCGCAAGAUAUAUUAGAUUUGACCUGCAAAACGCUACCCCCGGGUCAAAAACCAGCUGUAGAAAUUGUUAGAAUCCCGAGCGUCCCGUCACCCUCUAAAGUAUCCAGCACAGCGCAAAAUCUAACGAAAAACUACACUUUAAUAGACGGGAAAGCCGUCGUAGGCUCCAAUUUAGAAAUAACGCUCGUAAACCCCAAGUCCCAAACGCCCACUAAAUCUAGACAGCAAAAAAGAUCUUCAAACGGAAAAUUCGUUACUGCAAAAACUCCAACACCCCCUAAAGAGUUCCCAAAAUCUUAUACCAGCCCUUCGCAGUCCGGCGUUAAGAAACCUCCUAUAAUAGUCCCGAAUUACCAAGUCAAUCAAAGAGACGACGUUUCCCCGACGUCGUCCACCGGCUCGGGGAACUCCCAAGCGAAUUUACUCCAAAACAACUUGCUGCAGAACGUUUUUAAAGGCCAGAAUAGUUUGCAGCAGAUGAUGGAUAUGCAGAAGAACGUUCCUAGCAUGCCAUACGUAGACCCCAUGUACAUGAGCGCUCUGUAUAGCAGCCUCGCCGGCUCCAUGGACCAGAGGCAGCUGGCUAUGUACAGGGACUUCAUGGCGAACCAGUUCAGGGGGUAUUCCGGGCUGUUAGGGGUUACGCCGACAACGAAGAAUUAAUCUAGUCUCUAGUGUGAUAAAUUAUAUCGUGCGUUGGUAAAAAUGACAGUAUUUUUAGGGAAUUAUGUAAGAAAAAUGAAGAUUAAGUUUUGUUUUAUACUUGAAACCUGUUUUUGUUCUAAAUUACUAUAUGUAUGAACGUUGAUGGCCAAAACAAAUUGUAUAUUAUAUAGGAUUAAGGUAGAUAAAUGGGAGUUGGAAUGAGGAGCAAAAACAGGUUUUAAGGAAUAUUUAAGAAAAAACUGUCAUUUUUACUGACUGUCGCGGUCACCUUUGGCUUAAUCGAGGCGGCAUCGUGCGUCACGCAAAAUUCUUGUAUAGUUUGGUUGCCGAAAACUACCCUCGCUUAUUUAGAUUCACAUGAUCUGCUCAGAACAAGAGCUCGUUCGAUUCUGAUAGGAGAAAGUGUCCCAAGAUUUAUAACGCCAUUCCGUUGUCAUUGUUCAUACACUUCGUAUUACGGUAACAAAAUGGAAGGUCCGUGUAUGGGAAUUUUGGGAAAUAUUUCCCUUAUUUGGCUCGAAAGAGCUCGCGAUUCUGAGCAGAAAAAAUACCAUAAAAAAGUGUAAGUUAACUAAAAAAUGGCGCAGACACCAACAGUUUUUGAAUGCCACAUGCGACUGCGGCAAUGCCACAUCGUGUGUGCGGCUUGCGUCACGCGCCGCCUCGGGGCCUCGGGGCACGCUGGCCACCACUAUACUUGUGCCGUUCUCGAGAAUGUUCUCCGUUUUGUAUUGGGAAUGUUCUCGCGCGAGAACAUUCUCCAUAGUAAACGGAGAACGUUCUCGAGAACGACACAACUAUACCACCAGCUGAUCUCUCGGUAGCGACAGGAAGAGACCAGACUUAAUGUAAUAUCCAUGGUUUCAUGGUUGGACAUCUCAUACUUCAUAGUGACAUUUGAAUCAUUUCAACGGGUCUAUUUAUUUUGUAGACAAUCGUCAAAUUUCUAUGAAAAAAAUGACGUGAUGUGAUAUUUCCAAGUUACAUGGAUUGUAGUAAUUUUAUUUACCAUAUGAAAGAGAAUUUGAAAUGGAGGUGGAUUGUCAUAGAAAACUUUGUAGCCACAGUAAAUUUACUGCAAUCUUAUGACACAUGAUUAAAACUUUUAGAUCGCCAUUUGACUUUGGUCCUUAUCUUUUCACUGAUGUGUUAAAUUUCUUAAAUAUCAAAAAGUGGCCCUAUCUUACCGGGCACCACCUAAAGGAUGCCUUUGGCCUUUGAUCUAUUAGAUGGCACCACAUUUUGAUAUUUAACAAAUUAUUUAAAGUUAAGUAGAGUGUUUUUAUCGAUUUCCAAAUGCCUUAGAAUCAUAAUUCGAAAGUUUACUCGUUAAGAUGAUUCAAACGUCGUUAGUGUUCAAAGUCUGACAUUAUAAAGUCACGUCCAACAUCUCGACUUUAAGAGUCACUAGAACGCCGCCGCCAGAUAAUCUUAAGUUACGCCUCAUUUUAAAACGACCUGCUGGAAUGAGGGCUACCGUUUUUGUGCUCACCAGUUGGCGCCACUGUAGAACUCGGUCCAGAAAAACAGCUCUCAAAAUUCUACUGUCCAUAUAAAAAAAAAUACAUUCUAAUAUACACAAAAGUAUUUUAUCGUCUAUAUUUGCCGUUUUUGAAUCAUGUUUAAUUUGCAUACUUUUUGUUUAGCACUUUUUUAAAUCACUAACAUUUAUUGAACUAUAUCUAAUGUUUACCGUGAAUAAUGAAAAAUAUAAAAAAGAUUUACCGUAAGGAGUGAAAAUUCGUGAUAAAAAAGGAACACCCAAAACACUAUGUACUUGACAUUUUGAAAGACUUCUGAAUACACUAGCGCCCCUAGCGGCGAAAUUAAACGCGUUAGCCCUCAUUACAUGAAACUUGGUAAGAAAAUUCAAGUAAAAUAUCUAUGUCUGGCAUUAUUUCUCAGUUUCAUUGGUCGAUAACUCGGUCGAGCGGGCGGGGACUCCCCGCAGGCGGUGUAAUGACUAGUGAAACUCAUAAGUCGAUAGUUCGGUCGAUAUACAGCAUGCGGGUGACUGCCUGCAGGCGGUAAGGUGGUGUAACGGCUAGUGAAACUCAUAAUGACAUGCGUUUUGGAAAUCUCCCGCACCCCGCAUCACCAACGGGCCCUAUCGACCAAUGAAAUUAAGCCAUUUCGUUUUGGUUGCUAAAGACAGUAGAGAUAGUAUGUGAAAGUCGGCGGCUAUGUUCUUGUGAGUCUAAUAAAAUUUUGCCUUUUAUUGUUGAAAUAU